AUGUUAAGUGAUGAUAGUGAAGAUGCUUUCUAUAUUCAGAAUGGAGAUGGUUCUUAUUAUAGUGGAGAAGAUUAUGAUGAUAGUAACUACAUUGUACAUGGGUCUAACUUGAAAUUUGGUGUGGAUGUAGACAUGAGUGAAUUCCAAAGUGUUGUGGAUGUAGAUGAACAUGGAAUUUUAAACAAGCAAACUGAAAAUGUAGGGAAUGACAUAGUUCAUGAAGUGUUGGAAGUUAUUCAAAGUGAUGAUUACCAAUAUGUAGGAUUUUAUGAAUAUGAAAGGUCAAAAAAGCUUAACAAAAUGAGUAUGUCAACUUCAUGCUCACAUGGGGGGAUCCAUUUAUAA